UCUUAUAUAUUAAUUAUCUUCUGAAUGUAAGGGAUGCUGAUGCGAACUGAGCUCUAUCUCCUAUGAAGAAUUAAAAGUUUUCCUUUGAAAUUUUAGACCUUUUUUUCUCACUGCAGUCUCCCUCAUUUGCUACAGAUUCCACAGUCUGCUCUUCCUCACUAAAGAUGCAGCACCCUGCUUGACAUUCUCCUCUGGAAAAGGAAAAGAACUACUAGAGGAAGUGUGGCACUUGGAUGCAGAAAUUGAGCACCCUCCAUGUGAUCCAGAGAACAGUAACUCAGACGUCUUCUGGAACGUUCUACCCAUGGUAGAACCUCUUAACUUUAUGGAGAAAACAGAGUCAUUCUGUCUAGAGGUGCCACCCCAAGACUGCGGAGCCUCUCCUCGGCCCCGGCUGACGAGCCUGCCAAAGCAGCACUGUGAGAACCAGGGGAGCCUCCUCCAUUUUGACCGGCAAGCCCCAGGCCACAUCUCCACCUCGCCCACUCUGAGGAGAUUAAGGACCCGUGUCUGUGGGACUUGGCACUCACUGUCUCAGCAGGAUGCCUUGCAGGUGCCCACCUGGGGAAGCUGGAGAGAGCCUGCGGGCUCCCCACGUUACCUUUCCAAGAGCCUGCCGGGAAGCCCAAAGGAUUCUUCGUACUUGCUGUCACCCUUGAGACUCCACUCGAGAUUGACCUCUGAACCUGAAAGGGCCCUGAAUGCAGCUGACUCACGGGAGCCCCAAACCAGGCCCACUGACAAGUGUCUCCCUCCUGAGCUUCAGCCUGUCAGUGAAGAGUCCCUUCACCAGGCCUCUCUUCUGCGGCAAGAAGGCCCCUUCCUGUCCAGCCCACAAUGCCCUAGUCCUCAGGGAGAAGAAUUGCACCCAACCAGGUUCUACGAGCACAGGCGGAGUUCUGUGGUGCUGAACUUACCUGGACUUGAGGUGUUCCCUGGGGACCUUCUGGUGUCAGAUGGAGCUGCUGAUUACCUAUGCCACCCACUUCUGCUGCUGAAUUCAGAAUCCAAAAAGCCAAGAUGGCCUUUCUCCAAAAGAGGAGUGGGCAAAGACAAACACAAGCACACAUCUGACCUGGAAAACUGCCUGUCCUCUGUGAAAAUUACCAACUUCAGGGGCUAUGACUUCUACAGUCUGAAGGAUAAGACCUGGGAUGAAGUCGUGGAAACACAUCACAAACUCCUGAACAAUCAAUUAGACUUGAGAAAGCAGCAAGAGGCCGUGUGGGAACUUUUCACAAGUGAAUGCACCUAUUUUUUGGACCAUUUAUUAGUUCUUAAGAUGAUCUUUAUGAAUACACUAAAAUAUCUGCAAACUCAUGAAUAUCUCCUAGAUGUGGAUUUAUGGAGACUUUUUGCAAACCUGGAGGAGUUAACUCAGACAAGCCUUGGUUUUGUGAACAGUCUCUUUGGCAUCAUCAAGGACUAUGUAGACGCUUCUGAGAUUUCCUCAUCACUGGAUUUUAUUUCCGUACUCACAAAGUAUUUCCGAGGGAGUCUCUGUCAGAGCCACCAGACCUACUGCCUGAACUAUUCAGCUGCUAUCUUUUAUCUUGAGAGCCUGAGGCAGAGAGACGACUUUGGAAUUUAUUUAAAAUGGUGUGAGCAGAAUGAACAAUGCAGACGGCUCCACCUGCCUGAGCUACUAGUGGCCCCACUUCAGAGGCUCACUCGAUAUCCGUUGUUGCUGAAGAAUAUCUGGAAAAGGAGCAUGGACUCUGCUGAGAAAAUCAUGAUCUACUCCAUCAAGGAAAAGGUGGAAAAGUCCAUCCGGGACCUUGAAGGAAAAGUGAAAUGGCUGGACAAUUUCCAAAAAUUUAGAUAUCUACAGGAGAUUAUAGUGUGGCCACCGCUUUGGGAUAGAGAUAAAAGGUUUUUCAUUCCAGAGUGUUUGAAAUACAUUUUUAAAGAACAUACAGCAGAAAACAUCUUGUCACCAACCAACAGACACCUUCUCUACGAAGGAAAAUUAACUCUUGCAGGUAAAAAACUUGGAGGCUCAGACCCUGGUUUAAUGUGUCCUUCUCUUACUCCUGAGUUGCAAGCAGUAAUAAAAGAGGGUGGUUCGUGUACAGUACUUGAUCAGCCUAUUCCACUAGAUAGGUUGGUAGUCAAAAGUAUUGAACCGCUCCAUGUGUCAGUCUUUGGGCUGAGAAAUGCUUUUCUUAUACAACACGAAAACAGAUAUCGACAGUGUAUAGCAGCAUUCUUAUUACAAGCCCAAACGGAAAACAUCAAAAAAACAUGGAUGGCACAAAUAACAACUGCAAUUUCUUGCUUUACCAAGAAUCAGGAAACCAAGAAAAUAUCUUUAUUCACAUUGCCCGCUGAAUCCUCUGAAAUUUAGGGACCUAAAAUAAGUGGCAUGCCUUUUUAGAAGAUUAGGGUUUAAGUUAUUAUUUCAUUCAAACUUUUGUAACACUUAGCUACUGAUAAGCUAGAAGGAAAUUUGCAUUUUAAAGAAGUUCCAGAAUUUGAAAAUUUGAGCUAGGAAAAUCCUCAGUAUAGAGGAGUAAUGACUGCAACAAAUUUGAACUCUGAGGAAUUUCUUGACAGAUACAUACCGACAUCCAGAUUACUUUCUAAUGCUUCUGUCAAGUUUGUAAGAGGUGUGAGUGAAGCAAGGUGCUAAUUUGUAAAGGGUGAAUGAUCAGAUAAAUGGAGUAUCAGAAGGAAAACAAUGUCCACUGCUUGUGUCCAAUAUGAACUCCAGCAUCUUACUUUGUGUGUAUCUAUAAAAUAAUGAAACCAAUUUUCCUUCAUGGCUUGUCAAUCAGUCUUAACUGCUUUAUAGUCCUGCCUCAAACACAAUGAUAGUUCUUUAGAUACAGAGCUUGAUUGUUCUUUUAAUAUACAAAGCGAUAAAUAAGUACAUUUUAAUAGCAGUUUUAAAAUUCCUAUUCUCAAACUCCUCUCAGGUAUACUUUAUAGUACUCUAACGUGGAAGUAGAAAACCCCAAAGACUAAAUUCCAUUACUUUAAGAUAGCCGGGGGGGAAAAAUCUGGCUUUCACCAGUUAACCCUUUUGCAUGGCUUUUCUUGGCCUGUUGUGAAGUGUACAGAUUUUCAUAGACAUAGUAAGGUAUCUGUCUCUUAACUUUAUUUUUUGAAGAAUGAUGGUGUUUGCCAUAAAAAUACUUUCUGGUUUUGAUUGGGGGGUGUGUGUGUAUGUUAGCACAGUACAGUCAAUUUUAUUUGGCAGGACUUCAAAUUUCUUCAGAAUUUUUAUCAUGAAAGGCAGUUUGAAUAAUUAUUAUAUUAUGACAGGAUAUAUACUAUUAACUACAUUCAAGGAACUAGUUCUUAGGGUCAGAUUAUUGCAUCAAAUGGAAGUCCACAAACUUCCACUUCAGGCUCAUACCUUUUGCAAUUUGCAAAGUGAAAGUAGUAAAUUUAUCAAAUUUGGUUGCAAGGCAACUGAAGCCUUAGCUGAUUUUGUUAAGCUACAGAAUGGGAUAGAGAGGGUAAUAUUUGGGCAAGUCACGUGCACAGUAAUUCCUUGAGGAAGGUGAAAUUUCACCAUGCAAACAAAGCAGCAAAGACAAGUGCAGCAGAAAGGCUUUUGUACAAGGCAAGCACUAUUAGAAUGGAGACUAAUAAUCUCUUUAUAAUAAUGUCAGACAUUUAAUAGAAGAAAAAAAUAAAAGGACAAUCGGGAGGACAGUGACUAUUGUUAAUAGCUAAGAAUAAAUGAGGUGGGGGAAAGGCAAAGGGGAGAAUAGACUUCAAGUGAAUUUCUAGAGAUGGCAUCUGGAUGGGACUAAAAGCAGUUAUGUCCAGGAGAAGACAAUAUAGAUUAUGCAAGAGAGGAUUUUAUAAAGAAAUUUCUGGCUGAAAAAAAUUUUUAAAUUAACAAUCGUCUUGCAAAUUUUUUAGAUACAAACCAACCUCGGAGGUGAGCAGUAGACUAACACGAGGUGACUUCUCAAAUUCCUGUAGUCCCAUGAAUCCAGCAACCACAGACUUACUUGCAUGUAUAAAGGUAGUUGUCUCCCUCUGAAUCUCAUUAAAGGGAGAGACAGACUGACUAAAUUAACAAAAUAUGUAAAACAGCUCAAGAAUACGCUGCACAUAAACUGGAAUUCUAUAAAGCUCACAAAAUACAUGUCUAAUAUACAAUAUAUUAGAUGCUUGAGGAUAUGCACAUUAAACUCUUCAGAGGGUUUAGAAUGAAGCACAUUCAAAUGAAGGGAUCGUGGGGGUCGGAACAAAAACCAUUCUAGAACCGUGGCACCCAGGAAGAAAAACAAUGGCACAUUGGGCCUUCCAAAAAGUAUCUUUGGGGACAGGAAGGAGAAAAAAAUAAAUAAAUAAAAUUUUUAAGUAUCUUUAUGAAAUAAGGGAUUAAUUACAUAUUUUUUAUAUUUGUUUUUAGUUUUGUUAAUUCUCUACAAUAUUAAAUGGAAUGUCUAAAACAAAAUGGCAUUAAUAAUUUCUCGAGAUCAGGAAUUUAAUUACUGUUCUAAAUUGAACAACAUCAAAACACCACUGUCUAUAUCCAAGUGCAAAGUCCUAAUAUUCUGUAAAUAAAUUAAUGCGAAAUGGUUAAUAUAGUGUUCUCUCUUUUGUUAGACAAAACAAUUUAUAGUCACAGAAUACAACUAGUUUAGAAAGAAAUGUUUUUUAAUAUAAUAUUUAAACAUAUUAAAAAAAACAAAAGCAACAAUUCAAUAAGGAUCCUUCCAUUGUUCUUUAUACAGAUUUAAAUGCUGUCGUGUACUUUAUCAGUUACAUUUAUAAUUAAUAACCUCCCAAUCACUGAGUUUAGAAAUUGCAGUAUUUACUGAGCUAACCUUUCUCACAAAAUAAGGCACAACUACAUGAUCACAAGUAGUAAACACAGUACAAAUAAUGAACCCAAAAACUAAAUGAGAAAAUGUUCAUGCAAAAGUAUCUACAGAAGUUAUGAAUAUAUGAUCCAGUUCAAGGAAUUACAGAAUGUCAUAUACACAACUGCAUUGUGUUACAAUAAAUUUAUUACUUCUACACAGAAAGAACUUAGUGACUUCUAAUUUUAUUUUAUACAAUUUUACAUCAAUUUAGUAAGUUUAUGCACAAUAUUCACAUCUGCAACAAUAACAAAUUGAUCAUUAAAAUUUGGGCUAAGGGCAAUUAAGACACGAUAAUGUGUGGCACAUGAUAAUUACAGAAUACCAUUCAUCAAGCUCAUGUCUAGGAAUACUAUAAUGGUGGCACAUUUAAAUUUUAUGGAUCAAAUCAUCCAUGGUUUUACAGCCAAAGUGCAUUUU